AUGCAUGAGAAAUUAAAGCUAAUAAAGAAGAACAUUUCAAAAUGGAAUAGAGAGAUAUUUGGCAACAUUUAUGAUAAAAUCAGGAGGUUAGAAAGUGAAAUUGCCAAAGUGGAAGUACUCCUAGAAGGAAACAUUAAGGAAGAAAUAAACUUGAGUAGAAGGAAGGCAUUGGUAGGCCAGCUGGAUAUAUGGUAUAUACAGAAAGGAGAGUAUUGGAAGCAAAUGUCAAUGGAAAAAUACAUCAAGGAGAUAGACAAAAAUACAAGAUACUUUCAUACCAUGACAACAAUUAGAAGCAGAAAGAAGCUAAUAAGGGAAAUCAAGAUCGGCAACAGACAGUUUAAAGAUCCGAGAAGGAUUAAGAAUGAAGCAAGAAAAUUCUUCAAAAAUCUCUAUCACCAAGAUAGGAUGCUGGUUAUAAGAGUCCAAGAGGGAUUGGUUGCAAGAUUAUCUGAGGAGCAAGCAAUGCAACUGGAGUUGAUGCCAUCCUAUAUUGAAGUAAAAGAAGCUGUUUGGUCAUGUGGUUCUACCAAAGCACACGGCCCUGACGGAUUCAACAUGUUCUUUGUGAAAAAUUCUUGGGAGAUCAUUAGGAUGGAGUUCACGGAAUCAGAUAGGCAGAUUCUUGAUGGUGCAUUAACUGCUUCAGAAAUAGUUUCUUGGUUGAAAAAAAGCAAGAAGAGUGGGAUAAUCGUUAAGCUUGACUUCAAGAAAGCAUACGACACUGUUAGAUGCUCAUUCCUGGAGCAUGUUCUAAAAAUUAUGGGUUUUGGUGAUAUUUGGAGGAAAUCGAUUAGUGGAAUGCUCAAUACAGCGGCCAUGUCAAUCAUUGUAAAUGGAUCACCAUCAGAGCCUUUUGCCAUGGAGAGGGGUUUACGUCAGGGAGAUCCAAUUUUGCCGUUUCUCUUUAUUUUUGUGGCUGAGGUUUUGAAUCAGAUGUUUACAAGAGCAAGGGAUAUAUGA